ACAUCAAGGGGAUCAGUCCAUCUAUAUGCAUGCACCGGAUUAUCCUGGAGGAGGGAGCCAAGCCUUUUCGGGAUAGCCAACGACGGCUAAACCCGAAUAUGAUGGAGGUAGUGAAGAAAGAGGUGUUGAAGUUGUUCUCUGAGGGAUUGAUCUAUCCAGUGGCGAGUAGUGAGUGGGUUAGACCGAUUCAUGUGGUGCCGAAGAAGGGAGGCAUAACCGUGAUCGAGAACGAAAAGAAGGAGUUGGUUUCCAUCUGCAUCACUACCGGGUGGCGCAUGUGCAUUGACUAUAGGGGACUGAACGUUGUGACCAAGAAGGACCACUUCCCAUUGCCGUUUAUUGACCAGAUCCUUGAUCGUCUUUCGGGCCACCAGUUCUACUGCUUCUUGGAUGGACUCUCCGGCUACUACCAAGUGGCCAUAGCACCUGAGGAUCAGCCCAAGACGACGUUCACGUGCCCCUUUGGCAUCUUCGCAUUCAAACAAAUUCCCUUUGGCCUAUGCAAUGCACCAGGUACGUUUCAGAGGUGCAUGUUCUCCAUCUUCUCGGAUAUACUUGAAAACUGCUUGCAGGUAUUCAUGGACGACUUCCCUAUAUUUGGUGAUUCAUUUUCUCAUUGUCUCCGUAAUUUACCUAGAGUCCUUGAAU